GCCCAAAACCACAAGCUGCACCACACUCUACUUCACCCUCUCUUCUCUUCUCCUCUCCCGUGAUCUCGAUCGCCAUGGUGAUCACCACGGCGAUGUCGGCUCGAUCCAUGUCCACGCGCCUCGAACUCCUCGUCGUCUUCGUCUUCAUCGUUGCUCCCGCCCUCGCCGCCACGAAGCCGUCCUACAUCGUCUACCUCGGCGGCCGCCACUCCCAUGGCGACGACGGCGGCGUCAUCUCGCCGGAGGAGGCGCACCGCACGGCCGCGGAGUCGCACUACGACCUCCUCGGCUCCGUCCUCGGAGACAGGGAGAAGGCACGUGACGCCAUCUUCUACUUGUACACGAAGAACAUCAACGGCUUUGCGGCGAGGCUGGAGGCGGAGGAGGCGGCGGCGGUGGCGGAGCGGCCCGGCGUGGUGUCGGUGUUCCCGGACAGGGGGCGGCGGAUGCACACCACGCGGUCGUGGCAGUUCUUGGGCCUCGAGAGGCCCGACGGAAGCGUCCCGCCGUGGUCGCCAUGGGAGGCCGCCAGGUAUGGCCAGAACAUCAUCAUCGGCAACCUCGACUCAGGCGUGUGGCCUGAAUCGCUGAGCUUUAAUGACCGUGAGCUUGGUCCGAUCCCAAAUUAUUGGAAAGGAGCUUGCCGGAAUGAACACGACAAAACGUUUAAGUGCAACAGCAAGCUCAUCGGCGCUCGCUACUUCAACAAUGGCUACGCGAAGGUGAUCGGCGUCCCGCUGAACGACACGCACAAGACGCCGCGGGACGCCAACGGCCACGGCACGCACACGCUGGCCACCGCCGGCGGGUCGGCCGUGCGCGGCGCCGAGGCGUUCGGCCUCGGCGGCGGCACGGCGAGGGGCGGGUCGCCGCGGGCGCGCGUGGCGGCGUACCGCGUCUGCUACCCUCCCUUCAACGGCAGCGACGCGUGCUACGACUCCGACAUCCUCGCCGCCUUCGAGGCCGCCAUCGCCGACGGCGUGCACGUCAUCUCCGCCUCCGUCGGCGCCGACCCCAACGACUACCUCGAGGACGCCAUCGCCAUCGGCGCCCUCCACGCCGUCAAGGCCGGCAUCACCGUCGUCUGCUCCGCCAGCAACUUCGGCCCCGACCCUGGCACCGUCACCAACGUCGCGCCAUGGAUCCUCACCGUCGCCGCGAGCACCAUGGACAGGGCGUUCCCGGCGCACCUCGUCUUCAACCGCAACCGGGUGGAAGGCCAGAGCCUCUCCCCGACAUGGCUGCGCGGGAAGACCUUCUACACCAUGAUCAGCGCCGCCAACGCCGCCGUUCCCGGCUACCCGCCCGCCGACGCCCUGCUCUGCGAGCUGGGAGCACUGGACGGCAAGAAGGUGAUGGGGAAGAUCGUGGUGUGCAUGCGAGGAGGCAACCCGAGGGUGGAGAAGGGCGAGGAGGUCAGCCGCGCCGGCGGCGCCGCAAUGAUCCUCGUCAACGACGAGGCCUCCGGGAACGACGUCAUCGCCGACGCGCACGUCCUCCCGGCGGUGCACAUCAACCAUGCCGACGGCCACGCGCUCCUGGCCUACAUCAACUCCACCAAGGGCGCUAAAGCCUUCAUCACGAGGGCGAAGACGGUGGUCGGCGUUAAGCCGGCGCCGGUGAUGGCGGCCUUCUCGUCGCAGGGGCCGAACACCGUCAACCCUGAGAUCCUAAAGCCUGACGUGACGGCGCCGGGGGUGAGCGUGAUCGCGGCGUGGAGCGGCGCGGCGGGGCCGACGGGCUUGCCGUACGACCAGCGGCGGGUGGCAUUCAACGCCCAGAGCGGCACGUCCAUGUCGUGCCCGCAAGUGUCCGGCGUCGCCGGCCUGAUCAAGACGCUCCAUCCGGACUGGAGCCCCGCCGCCAUCAAGUCCGCCAUCAUGACCACCGCGACGGAGCUGGGCAACGACAUGAGGCCGAUCAUGAACUCGUCGAUGUCGCCGGCGACGCCGUUCAGCUGCGGCGCUGGGCACGUGUUCCCGCACCGCGCGAUGGACCCGGGCCUGGUGUACGACCUGACCGUCGACGACCACCUGAGCUUCCUCUGCACCAUCGGCUACAACGCGACGGCGCUGGCGCUCUUCAACGGCGCGCCGUUCCGGUGCCCCGACGACCCGCUCGACCCGCUCGACUUCAACUACCCGUCCAUCACCGCGUUCGACCUGGCGCCGGCGGGCCCGCCGGCGACGGCGCGGCGGAGGGUGAGGAACGUCGGCCCGCCGGCGACGUACACGGCCGCCGUCGUGAGGGAGCCCGAGGGGGUGCAGGUGACGGUGACGCCGACGACGCUGACGUUCGAGAGCACCGGCGAGGUGAGGACGUUCUGGGUGAAGUUCGCCGUGAGGGACCCCGCGCCGGCGGCGAACUACGCGUUCGGCGCCAUCGUCUGGUCGGACGGGAACCACCAGGUGCGGAGCCCCAUCGUCGUCAAGACGCAGGAGAGUUGAUCAUCAGGGGGACGCCAUGCCCAUGCGCCAUGGCUGGAGGCCUGGAGCUUGGAUUUAUUAUUAUUUUUUGGUUCUUUUUUCUUUUUUUUGGUGUCUCAGAUUAGGCUUUAGUUAGCAAGAACACUGAGAGAAGUAGCUAGGAGGUUUUGAUUAGGACAUAAAUUUCAGUCAUCGGUUUAAUAAACAGCAAAUAUCAGGUUGAGAAUUUUUCAUAUAGUUAUUAUAUUUGUCUUAGGUUGA